GAACCAUGAGCUCUCUCCCUUUUACAUUCUUGUUUUUUUCCUCUUUAAGCCCUCUCAUCACUUUCUAUAAACACUUGAAACAAUACAUUUUUACUCUCUCUUCUUGCCUUUGCUUUUCUGCUAAAUUUUAGAAAAUGGGGUGUUAAUGGUUUACCUAAUCCAUCACCUCACUAAUAGACCAAGAAAUGAGGUAAUGGGGCCUUAAAUCAUGCAGCACUAUAAAGGGUAACAAAAAAAAUUGAAUCUUGGGAGUUGUAAUACUUCAAAGUUUUGAUUUUUAUGGUUUUAAUGCUUUUCUUGGUUGUGGGGUUGUUGAGAAUUGAAUCUUGGAAGUUGAAAUCUUUCAAAGUUUUGAUUUUUCUUGAUUUUGGGGUUGUUGAAAAUGGCUAGUGUAGAUGUGUCUAAUGUGGAUUUAGAAGCUGGCGCCGGAGCCGGUGGACAUAGUCGCCGGUGCUCAGGUAGUGGUAGUAGUGUCUGUUUCUCUGAUGCUGAUGAGGGUUCUUGUUAUUCUCAGUUUUAUUCAACUGCUGAUGGGUCAAAUUAUGAUGAUUAUAGUUUUGCUUGUGCUACUGAGUCUGAAAUAGGGGAAGUAAUGGAGGUGUCAAGGAGAGUUUCAUCUGUGGCUGAGUCUGAUAGAUCAGUGGAUAUGGAAAAUGGAAUUGGUGAAACAAAGUUGCAUGUUGGGAAAAUUGAAAGAGAUUGUAGGAUUUGUCAUCUGAGUUUGGUGAGUUCUGGUCCUGAAUCUGGUUUUGCUAUUGAAUUAGGAUGUUCUUGUAAAAAUGAUUUGGCUGUUGCACAUAGGCAUUGUGCUGAGGCAUGGUUCAAAAUCAAAGGAAAUAAGACUUGUGAAAUAUGCAAUUCUCUCGCACGCAAUGUCAUUGGUCCAAAUGAUGUUGAAUCAGCACAGCAAGCGAAUGAAUCAAGCGCAGUGGCUACAAGUGCAGCAUCUGCACCAGUAUCAGCAACUUCAGAAGCUCGAACUUGUUUGAAUGGUCAUCGAUUCUUGAAUUUCCUCUUAGCUUGUAUGGUAUUCGCGUUUGUCAUCUCUUGGCUCUUCCACUUUAACAUCCCAUCAUAGGGUAGUGUUGGAAAGAGUUCAUGUGCCAUGAAAUUCGAAGGU